AUGGACGAGGGAGAUACUCGACAGUCCAGGGCGACAACUGGGACGAGAGAAGAGGCUGAGCCCCUGGCAUCCUCACCGGCCAGAGGGAGUGCCCGAGGACUUGCUAACGAUGGCGACUUCAUCUCGCCCAGCAGAAGGGCCCCAACUACCGAUGAGACACAAGGCAGCGCAAGCAUCCCACGACGCAGCUCUGUGGUCUCCCGGCGCAGCGGCGGAACCCCCAGUCUGGCACCCCGGACCACACUGGCGGACCGAACUCAGGGGAAGUUCACGCUGGGCGGGCCAGAAGAAGCGCCCCAGCUGCGGCGAUCGCAGGAGCCUUUCGUGCAGCCAGGCUAUGCCGAGCUCAACCCUUCCUACGACCAGCCCGUGAAUGCGAAGCCGGUCUGGAGUCUGGCCAAACCGCUGCCGCGCGUGGUGCGCUCGGGCAUGGUGCCGACCAAGGAAGAGCUGCUAGAGACCCGGGCCAAUGCCCAGCUGCCGGCGCACAACUCGCAGAGACUUGGUCUGGACGUCGACCCGAAUGAUCUCGAAAAGGGCCAGAUCGGGAAGUCUAUGAAUCCGCGCAAGAUGGCCGCCCAGGUCGAGGAUGCCCGUCUGCAGCGCGAGAGCAACUUGAUGAGCAAGCUCUUGUCUGGGGAGUCGACUUCACUCGGGCGUUCCUCGCGCUUGUCUCGUGCUUCGUCAACUCGUCGUAGACGCUCCUCGGCUUGGGAUGUUCCGCAUGACCAGCUGUCGACCGUUGAUGAAACCGAGUCCCAGGCAGCCAGUGACACGCCGCAAGGGCAUCCCGGAUUGAGCUACGAGCCUCUCCGUCCUGUAGCAGAGGAGCCACUGCCCGGCACCGAUGACGAGCCGGACACAGACAUCGAUCUCCUUGCUCUCAAGGAAGGGGACUACCCAGAGGACCUGCACCCGCUGGUGGAAGAGCUCGUCGAGGACGAAGUGCACAACAACCACACGACGUGGUCCGUCAUCCGCACGCACCACCGCGAAGCACUCGCCGAGGGCCUAGCCGUCUACGUGCAGCUAACAAUCGGGUUCUGCGCGGACCUGGCCGUGACGGUGGCCAACGCCGGCAACCCCAACAGCACAGCGUGGGCGUGGGGGUUCGCCACGAUGAUGGCCAUCUACAUCUCGGGCGGGGUGUCGGGCGCGCACCUGAACCCAGCAGUAACAGUAAUGCUCUGGUUCUACCGCGGAUUCCCAAAGCGCAAGAUGCCCGAGUACUUCAUCGCACAAUUCCUCCCGGCCUUCUGCGCCGCGCUAACCGCAUACGCACUCUACUACCACUCGAUCCAGAGCUACGUCGGCACGAACCCAGACGACGCAGGCAUCGUCGCCAGCUUCGUGACCGGCCAGCGCGAGAUGUGGGUCGCGCCCACGACGGCAUUCUUCACCGAAUUCCUGGGGACCGUGUUCCUAGCCAUCACGAUCCUCGCGCUGGGCGACGACCAGAACGCGCCGCCGGGCUCGGGAAUGAACGCACUGAUCAUCGGCCUUGUCAUCACCUGUCUCAGCAUCGCCUUCGCCUUCCAGACGGGUGCCGCGCUCAACCCCAGUCGGGAUUUCGGUCCGCGUCUGGCUUUGCUUCUGCUGGGCUAUGACUGGGACUUGUUCACGAACCCGUACUGGUUCUAUGGGCCGUGGGUCGGGUCGCUAACCGGGGCUUUUGUCGGUGGCUUUUUGUACGACUUUAUGAUCUUUACUGGUGGGGAGUCGCCUGUGAAUUACCCGCUUGAGCGCACGCAGCGCGCCAUGAGGAAGAGUCGGAUGAAGUGGAGGCGGAGGCUGGGUCUGGCGAAGGAGAAGCCUACUGAUCGGGUGAUGCUGUGA